UAGGGAUUCACACAGAUUGAAACGACGUCGGUUGGGAUUGGCUCACAACAUUAGGAAACAGAGAAAAUCAUCAUCAGCGGGCGGGUGACAUUAGUGCAUUAGCACUAGCAGCACAGGCAGUGAGAGUGAGAGUGAGAGUGAGUGAAGUGAUAAUAGAGAGAAUUCAGAAAUCAGAAUUGUUUGUUUGAAAUUUGAAAGACAGACAGACAGAAAUGGAAUCAAUAACAAGAUGCUCUCCUGCGUCUACUAUUUCUUUUAUUAGCUUCCACAAGCAGAAGCAGAGGUCCAAUUUCAACUUCUCAUUCCCAUUUUGUUAUAGAAACUUCUUCUUCAAGUCCCAUACUACUACUACUACUACUACUACUAAUAAUAAUAUAAUUUAUGCCCGUAACAACCGUAACACAACCUCUUCAGAAUCCGACCCUGUUCUCCAACCAACCAUUAUUCAACAAGUUUUAUUGGAUGACGACGACGACUUUCAACAUGAGGAUGAAUCCUUGGAUGACGAUUAUUUUCAAGACGAGGACGAUUAUGAUGCCGAUGCUCAACUCUAUGUUGGGGAUGGAGUUGGAGGGGGUGGAAUUUCUCUGGCUGGGACAUGGUGGGAUAAAGAAGCGUUAAGGAUAGCCGAAGAGGUGUCUCUAUCAUUUGAUGGUGAUCUCCAAAUCUAUGCCUUCAAAACUACUUUAAAUUCCACCAUUCAACUCCGCAUUGACAAGCUCUCUAAUAAGUCUGGUUCCCCCAGUAUGGAAGAUAUUGAAGCCUUUUCUGUAGCCUAUAGAGCACGUUUAGAUGAAGCACAGCUCAAUAAAUCUAUUCCUGACAAUAUAUCUUUGGAGGUGUCAUCUCCUGGUGUCGAAAGGGUAGUUCAGAUUCCACAUGAGCUGGAUCGGUUCAAGGAUCGGCCUAUGUAUGUGAAAUAUGUCGAUGAGGUUACAGCAAAUGGUUCAUCAGCAGAAAGUGAUGGUGUUUUUAGGCUAAUUUCUUUUGACAUGGAGAGUAAAUGUUGCACCUGGGGUUUAGCGGAUGUGAAAAAAAAUAGAGAGAAGGCAGGGAAAGGAAGACCACUUAGCAGGAAACAAAGGGAGUGGCGUUUGAGCACAUCAUUUGAUUCCUUACGUUUAGUUCGAUUGUAUUCUGAUAUUUAAUUUUUUUUUUUUUUUUUGAUCUUUUUAAUUACUUUUCUCCAAAAUCAUGUGCCUCUGUAGAAACUCCAGAAGUAUGCACGCUUACACAGCAUUGUAGAUGAAUACACCUUUACAAUUAAAAAGUUAUCUUUCUCAAUUUGCCAUUUCUGGCACAA